AUGUUGGCCAACUUGAAUGGGCCACUGGCCCGGGAGCUGUUGGAUCUAUAUGGUUUGGUCCUGGGCUAUCUGGCUGGCGGAGAGACCACCAUGAUCUAUUAUAAUCCCGCAGGACUCGACUGCAAUUGGAAUAUGUUGUGGCAGCGUAAUCUAACCCAUCAUCCACAGAUCGUCUGGCAGAAGAGUUAUCCCUGUCCAGAUCUAUAUAAUCGAUUCAAUAGCGACAUAUUCGUCUUGGCCUGCCUAUCGCCAGGAGCUUUGGGUGAAUUGCAGCUAAAGAACUUGGCCAGUAGCCUGCGACAUCUGAUGGCAGUGUCGGUGCUCAUGGAAGUGGUGGAUUUUGAUCGAGAGGCUGUGGCCAAUGAAUAUUUAUCGAUUUGCCUGCACAGCCAAUUGCUCAAUGUGGAGCUAUAUUUUCGGAAUCACAAUGAAUCCUUGAUCCUGUACAGCUACCAGGCCUUUCCCCACUUCCGACUGAUCCAAAAGCCAGUUGUAAGUGAUCUAGAUGGAAAUAUCUUUGUGGAUAAAAUGGAAAACCUGCAAGGACAUCGCCUGCGUGUAGUCCCAGAUCUGUCGCCGCCCAACACCUUCGACUAUCGGGAUGCGAGUGGAAAACUCCAGGUAGCUGGCUACCUGUGGGACUUUAUAGAGACGUUUGCCACUGCAAGAAAUGCAAGCCUGGAGAUGAUUCGUCCUGGCUGGCGGUCUGGAGCCGCUCCGGCCAGCUCUUUUAUGGUAGAUCUGACCAGGAACGGCACGGUGGACUUGGGCCUCACAACCGUACUGAUUUCAAAGCGAAAUUCGAUUAAGGUGCACGAGUACACCUAUCCUGUUUUAUUCUCCAGCUGGUGCACCAUGCUGCCCGUGGAGAAGCCCAUACCGAAAGAUGAUCUCUAUGUCAGAAUUAUAUGCCCGGGAGCAGUGGCUAUUCUGCUGGUGAUCCUUCUGCUGGGUUACCUAUUUUUUGUUUCCAUGAAAUACGUAAAGGAGUGCUCCUGGCUAAGCAUCCUGCCUGGUUUAAUGGCCUUGAUCCUGUUGACCUCAAGCACCGCCCAGCUGCUGUCGCUUUUGAUUUCACCGCCAGUCCACAAGAGGAUCGAAAGCUUUGACGAUCUGCUGAAGAGUGGUAUCCAGAUCAUGGGCAUCAGGGACGAGUUUUAUGACAUGGACGGUAUGUUCCGCGCAAAGUACGCCGCCGCCUUUCACCUGAUCAAUGAUCCUGCAGAGAUCUACGAGUUAAGGAAUCACUUCAACUCCAGCUGGGCCUACACUAUUGCCCUCAUUAAGUGGCAUGUGAUUAAUCAGCAGCAGCAACACUUCUCGCGUCCAUUGUUCCGGCUCUCCAAGGAUCUCUGCUUUAACGACUAUAUGCCCACCAGCUUCGUCAUGGCCCCGGAUUCUGUGUACUACGAGUCGCUCAAGGAUUUCACCUUGACGGCUUUGCAGGCGGGCCUCAUGAAGCACUGGAUUGCGAAGAGCUUCUACGACAUGGUCGCGGCUGGUAGGAUGAGCAUUCGGGAUUAUAGUGAGCUGGUGAUCCUGAAGCCACUGUCCAUGGCCGAUCUGAGCCACACCUGGCAUAUCUUUGGAGCAGCCCUUGCGGUGUCCAGUGGUGUCUUUCUGCUGGAGCUCACCGUCUUCUAUGUCAAUGUUUUUCUGGAUAGCAUUUAG